CGCUAGUAUAUUACGCUAGGAAUUCAGUUGUUAUGACCCUGUCUAUGUCUACGGCUGCGGAAUGAAUAAGUUAUUGCUCUUUUGGAUAUUGAUGAAUUUAAGUCUGGUUUGCACGAAACAAAUUCCAAAAAAAGAAAAAUUUAGUAAUCAAGAUAUAGAAGUUUCAGAUAGUAACUUUAGCUACAAAUAUAUAAAACCAAUAGGACCUUAUACUGAUGAACUAAAUGAAGAAAUAACUAAAAAUAAAUAUGCUCACAGUAAGGGUACUUUUUCACAUGAAAAUCCGUUACUAGAAGCUUUAAUUUUAAGUACAAAUCUCCAUUCGAGAGCGAAAAACUUACCGCCAAAUCAUCCAGAUUUACCUCCUAUUAAUCCGUUUUUGGCUCUAUUGUUGUCGCAGUAUGGAAGAUACGUUCCAUUGUAUGGACCAGGAAAAGGCAUCUACGCCUAUCAAGCGUCAAAUGAUUUUCAUAAUAACAAGCCGUUUGGAGCUUACAAAAUUUAUGAAGAUGGUGAAUAAGAAAUAUAUUUAUAAUUUAAUUUUAUACGUUUU